CAAGCGACGGAAGUUACGUCACUCAAUUACAGCGAGAGAAAUGGCUGGUUUGAUCAAGAAGACAACAGGAUUGGUUGGACUUGCUGUCUCCCACAAUCCACAUGAGCGCCUUCGGAUUCUCUACGCAAAGAUCCUGGGCAGUCUUCAGACAAUGCCUCAGGAUGCUGCCUACAGAAAAUAUACUGAACAACUUGUCAAUGAGAGAUUCAAUCAUGUCAAAUCUGAGCCUGAUGUAGAAAAGCUUGAAAAGAAAAUCAACAGUGGACAGAUAGAGGAGGUCAUUGCGCAGGCUGAAGCAGAGCUGUCAUUGUCCAGGAAGAUGACCGAAUGGAAACCAUGGGAACCGCUUGUAGAGGAAGCGCCAGCGAACCAGUGGAAGUGGCCAAUCUGAAGUCCUCGUGGUGUUCAUGUAGAUUUAUAUUAUAUUUAUAUCAAGAAAUGAAUAAAAACUGUCAAUUUAA